AUGGAUGCGACGACAGUGAUUCACGAGCUUGAAGAUAUUUAUGACUGGCCUCCUCCUGUAGCGAAGCUCGCAGACUUACUUUCUCAGCCACUCCCAUCUUGGCUUGCCACCGUAACGACCGAGAAUUAUGGCGGCUCUACGUCUUUGAAAGUCGUGUUUGACUUGGUCAUGACGGCCUCGUCUGAUUUACGCGCCCUCAGUGGCAGCGUUGCAUACGGUUGUCCUCGCCCCACCAUUCCAAUUUGGAUCACAAUGCUUAAGCAUCUAUUUCUCCAUUGCUCGGAACACAUAUCGAUACUUGAAGAUGAAUAUUUUGUCAGGCCACGCGCGCCUCAUUCGCAGGAUGUUUCCUCCAGUGGUCCAAUCACCGACGGCUUUGCAUCACUUAUUAUAGCCCACUAUGUCGAUCGAGCGGAUGAAGAUCAAGACACUGGCUCAGCAUGUCACUCCUCACAAGACAGCUGUACGAGCUCUUCUAGCGAUGACAAUUCUUCUCAUGUACGAGACGAAAACUAUGGGGAUAACGGCGAAAUUACGAAGAAGAGGAAGGCAAACACGAGUAGCUCAAAGAAUCAUUCUUUGAAGUUUCCUAUCCACGCCCAUCUUCUUCCCACACGCGGUCGCCAUCUCUCCGCCGUCCUCCCGAUUAUUGCGGUUGCUGACGAAUAUAAUAUCAUCCCUCUCAUGUCAAGUAUGCUUUACCAACGUCGUGUUUGGCACAUCGACCAACCAGUUAUCGGAAUUAUUUUCCAAGGGACUGGAACUGUUGGCCAAGUCUUAUUUGGUUGGCUGGAUCACGAUUCUGGGACGAGCGGAGAUUUGCCUGGGGUCCAUAUCGCAUGUGCCAGCCCAAACUCUCAGCCUAAGGCGUCAUUAGGCAUAUUCGAUUUAACCGACCCAGUGGCCGCCAUGACAUUGGCCCAAUUUGUGCUUGGAUUAUCGUCGUAUUUCAAGGACCUUAUCAACGCCACAUCAGUAACGUCUGUCGAUGCGGAUCCUUCCCUGCACUGGAGAUCAGAUCUCAUCGAUAUCUCCUCUGAAUCAGGAGAACAAUGGAAGGAGCGAGUUUCAAGCCUAGCUGCUGGUCCCCAACUAUGUCUUCGAGAAAUCUGCAUACUAUUCACGAGGAAGGACACGAUGAACCCAGAGGCUCCAAAUCUCUUCGCAGCAGUGUCAAACAUGAUGGUACUCAAAGUGACCACAAAAGAUAGAAGCCCCGCCGAAAAUCAGCUUUCUGUCGACAAGUACUCCGCAAGCAAAAAGUCGAAAACAAAUGUAUCAAACUCUAGUUUUGCGAUGAAGAGUGAGAAUGGCUUAGAUGAAGAAUUAUCGAUCACGAAUUGGCUUUUUGAUAGAAGAGCAUUCACGAUCGGUAGAAUCUUGUUAGCAGAUCUUGCUCAAGACCCUGAAUCGGAACACAAAGAUAUUAACGAAAAAAUAAAAUUUUACGACGAAACGACUAAAUUUUGCUGGCCAAGCAGCUGGAAAACAUUGAGUGACCUACCUGGAUCAGACCUUAGCAUUGAAGGGCAUCGUAGAAUGCUUUUUCAAAAUUAUAAUAACUAUGUCCAGGGUGGCAACGAGGUUCCAAACCUGGAGACCAAAAUCGUGGAACUCCUCUGCAGUCGGUUCUCCUCUAUGUUGUCAUCUUCCGAUGGUGCAUAUACUCGAGCUCUUGCAGCGGCGAAACGUAAUUCUAAUGAAGCUGAACGCCGCCAUGAUUGGGACAAUCUGUUACUCAAAUUUUUCACGACCUCGAAGUACACUGGUAGCACAAACCGUGAUGUGUUGCUGGAACGUUUUUUAAAUGCACCUCGAAAUAUAGCCCUUGACGCGAUGAGGACUUCUGCUGCUGAUCACGUGCGAGAGCGCUCUGCGCUAGCAAGUCAAUAUGCAUUACAUUGCAGCUUGGCAGACUUCAGCGCUCAAGGGCAAAAUGAAGACGUCGUUUCUCAAGCUCUUCAGGCGCGUAACCAGUCUGCUUCAUUUGUCGAGCAAGUCAAGGGUGAUAUAGAGGCCCGCUUGCUCGAUGCCCUCGAACGUCGCACCAACCAAGAACCAACACGUGGAGUAUGCGAUGCAAUUCUAGUCGUACCCCUUGAAGGCGUCUGCGCUGAAAUCGUUAAAAUCCUUGGCAAGUCCGACGGCAGGAAGUUCGUGAAAAAUCUUGCUUUGAUAGCACAUCCUGGUGCGGAAAAGUCGGCAUCUGGGACUGGGAAGGACGACAGAGCAAACUCGGACUCAGCUCGACAUCUGACCGUUGAGCCUCAGCCGUCGUCGGUCACGGACAACAGCAAAUCAACUUCCUAUCCCUCCUUGCACAAUGUCUUCACGGCAACUGUUCCGAGACCACCCUCCGAGUCCUCGGAAACCCUGUCGAAAGAUGUCGUUCAGCUUCAGGCAGCCCAGGACGGGGAAAUAGACAAUGAUUUAUUAUUGCCAGUCCUUACCGCGGAGUACAAGAAAAAAGAUGUUACUACGACAUUCAAGGCUUUGAACCAGUCUCGAAUGUAUACGGUUUCAGCACUGUAUUUUCUGAGAUCCUUGGGGAUCGUUGAUUUUCCGCUUUUUGGCCUAGUCACCUCUGGGUCUGAAGGAGCAGUAUCAAUGGCUUGGUACUCGUCCAAGCAACAAAAAAUUUUUUUAAUGGAGCGGAACCUCCAGUUAUAUGACAUAUCAGACCCGCUCCAAGUUUACGAGUUUUCUGUAGUUCUUCUUCGCAUUGCUGAACAUGGUCAGAAGCUCAAAGUGAAGCUGCAAGAAAUGCUGAGCAAAAUAGAUGAGCGAAGCAAAAUUAAAACAUUCAAGCACUGGUCUAAUUUGGCUCAGCCAAAAGAACUGUAGUAUAUCUCAAACCAUAUCUAUAGGCUUGCAUAGCAUCACUGUCACAUUUGUACAUACUCUUGUAUUUGUGGACAUGUCUGAACACCUGCAUAAAAUGUCAGAAAAUAUUAAAUAUU